AUGACGCGCGCGGCCAGUUGCGGCCCGAGACCCACAGGCGCGGCCGAGUCUCCUGGGAGCCGAGCGCUGACAGGUCUCCAGGUGAUCAGAUCUAAGAUUCGUGUGGAUUGUGGACAGCGUGUUCUUCAGAUUCUUGCCGCCGGCGGAGUGGUGCUGGCGCUGAGCAUCUGGCUGGCGGUGGACAACACGUCGUUCCUGCUCCUGACGAGGGUGUCUGAGAACGAGAGCCUGGCCACGUUCAACCAGCCGUCGGUCAUGGAGCACGGAGCCUACAUCCUCAUCGCCGCCGGAGGACUGGUCUUCCUCAUCGGGUUCCUCGGAUGCUGCGGCGCCGCCAUGGAGUCGCGGGCGCUGCUCACCAUGUACGGUCUGAUGGUCAUCGUCAUCUUCUGCUUGGAAGUGACAGCAGGAGCUCUCGCCGCUGUCUACAAGGCUGAGACGGAAGAAGAACUGCAGAACUUCCUGAAACACACACUGAAGAAAUACUACUCCACCCAAGACACCGCCAACUCCGUGACUGUCGCCUGGAACGCCCUUAUGGCUGAGCUGAAGUGUUGCGGCGUGAACAACUACACGGACUUCGAACAGGCGAUCAUGUGGCAGGCGAACAAGUCCUCGAGCGUGUUGGUGCCCGAGGCGUGCUGCACCUUGAAGGGCGACCCCAUGAAGUUUAUUCCCGAGGACGACACCUGCCCCGCCAGCCCCAACAGGGAGAAUUCUUAUUACCUCACUGGUUGCUACGGUAGACUGAAGAAUUGGGUAGAAGAUCACGCCAACUUGCUCAUGGGGAUCGGCAUCGGUGUGGCUGCCUUGGAGCUGCUGGGGAUGUUGUUUGCCUUCUGCCUCUGCUGUUCCCUCGGCCAGAAGAUCAAGUGACGCCAGCACCGCGUCCACACCGGCCACGAAGAACAAUAUACAGUCAAACAGCUUGACAUGGACUAAACAUAAAGUGAAAGAAAAGUCUCGAUAUAUAUAGUUAUAUAUAUAUGCGUAUGUGUGUGUGUGUAUGUAUAGUCUGUAAGUGGGAAAGAUUUUGUUUUCUUUUUUUGUGGUAUGGGGGGUGGGGGUGAUGAACAAGUGAAGUGGCUGAUUGCUAUGGUCGUUUUCACACACUUUUUAUUUUUUCUUUGACAAAAAGGUAAGCUCCCUUUGAAUCGGAUUAUUGUCAUAGUUUUGUCAUCCGUGUAAAAGACGAUGUAUUGUCAUUUCUGAUUAUCUUAAGGAUUUUUUAAAAAGACUCCCUUUUUAGUGAUUCAAACACAAGGCGAAAAAGAUUUACAUGGUUGGCCUAUA